AUGAAGCGGAUCUUCUCUUGCAAGUACUGCAACAAAAAGUUCUCCAACUCGCAAGCGCUGGGUGGCCACCAAAACGCCCACAAACAUGAGCGAGCUGCAACGAAGAAAGACAACGUGAUAUAUGUUCCACUUCUUCCUGCUUUUGAACAGUACACGGAUCAUCGUCCUCUGUUCAACCAUCCGUAUUUGGCUAUGGCUGCUGCAACCGUACCUUUGCAUGGAUCAAUGAUCAGCGAAACCCUAGGGAUUCAGCGACACUCAAUCAUGAUUCAUAAGCCGUACCACAGAAGAAGUGACAGUACCUGGCCCCAUGGGUGGAAAAGGCUGGCCAAUGUCAUGAGCUCUCAAGCUGCAAUUAUGGAUGAUCGAUCACAGUACUACCUACAAGCUGCCAGUACUCAAUCACUACAUCGUCAUGUCUUGGCCAGAAGUGGUGAACUCCGACCGUUGGACAUGACUGUCUUCAACACUAGUAGUACUACUAAUGCGACGUUUAAUGGCCGCGUGGUGCCUAGAGGCCGCCGUACUAUUUUUCUAACAACGUCGCUACCUUUCUCUAAUAGGAGUGACAGUAGCAGCAGUUCUAAUUCACACAACCAGCAGCGUGAAACUACUCCAGUGGCAGAGGUGCUCGACUUGUCCCCAACUUCUUUCCUACCAACUUCGCUUUGCUAG